UUUGUCGGAGAAGUGACGUGUGCAUGCGGCUUGUCUGGUGACGUGUCUCUUCAACUCUCUUUCCUCUCGCGGCGGCUGAUGGAGCCACACUGACUCCUCUGUGCACUCAAACUCUUAACAGCUACACAGCAGGAGUCGGUCCGACGACACCAUGGGGAUCAAAUUUUUGGAAGUCAUCAAGCCUUUCUGUGCAGUCCUGCCAGAGAUUCAGAAACCAGAAAGAAAGAUUCAGUUCAGGGAAAAGGUGCUAUGGACCGCCAUCACAUUAUUCAUCUUUCUGGUGUGCUGCCAGAUCCCACUCUUUGGGAUCAUGUCAUCUGAUUCAGCAGAUCCUUUCUACUGGAUGAGAGUCAUCCUGGCCUCCAACAGAGGUACUCUGAUGGAGCUCGGGAUCUCACCAAUUGUCACCUCUGGUCUCAUCAUGCAGCUGCUGGCUGGUGCCAAGAUCAUUGAAGUUGGUGACACUCCCAAAGACAGAGCUCUCUUCAAUGGAGCUCAGAAAUUGUUUGGUAUGAUCAUCACCAUUGGACAGGCCAUUGUGUACGUUAUGACUGGCAUGUAUGGAGAUCCAUCAGAGAUGGGCGCUGGCAUAUGCUUGCUGAUCAUCAUUCAGCUUUUUGUUGCAGGUCUGAUAGUGUUGCUCCUGGAUGAACUUCUCCAGAAGGGCUAUGGUCUAGGAUCCGGUAUUUCUCUCUUCAUUGCGACCAAUAUCUGUGAAACCAUUGUCUGGAAGGCCUUCAGCCCUACCACUGUCAACACUGGCAGAGGUACGGAGUUUGAAGGAGCCAUCAUUGCUCUGUUCCACCUGCUGGCCACCCGUACAGACAAAGUGCGUGCCCUAAGAGAAGCUUUCUACAGACAAAACCUGCCUAACCUCAUGAACCUCAUCGCUACUGUCUUUGUGUUUGCCGUGGUGAUAUACUUCCAGGGCUUCAGAGUAGACCUGCCUAUCAAGUCGGCUCGAUACCGCGGUCAAUACAACACCUACCCCAUCAAGCUGUUCUACACCUCCAACAUCCCCAUCAUCCUGCAGUCUGCCCUGGUGUCCAAUCUGUAUGUGAUUUCCCAGAUGCUGUCGACACGUUUCAGUGGCAACUUCCUGGUCAAUCUUCUAGGAACCUGGUCUGAUACUUCAAGUGGAGGACCAGCUCGGGCCUACCCAGUGGGCGGGCUCUGCUACUACCUUUCUCCUCCCGAGUCAUUUGGUUCUGUUCUAGAUGACCCGGUUCACGCGGUCAUCUACAUAGUCUUCAUGCUUGGUUCCUGUGCCUUCUUCUCAAAGACCUGGAUUGAGGUGUCAGGAUCUUCAGCCAAAGAUGUGGCAAAACAAUUAAAAGAACAGCAGAUGGUAAUGAGAGGACACAGAGAGACCUCCAUGGUGCAUGAACUCAACAGGUAUAUUCCCACAGCUGCAGCAUUUGGGGGGCUCUGUAUAGGAGGGCUGUCUGUCAUGGCAGACUUCUUGGGAGCUAUCGGAUCUGGAACUGGAAUCCUCCUUGCCGUUACCAUCAUCUACCAGUACUUUGAGAUCUUUGUGAAAGAGCAGAGUGAAGUCGGCAGUAUGGGGGCUUUGCUCUUCUAAUUUCAAAUAGGCCAAUCUGACCCACAUGAGAAAGAAUCCACUUAUUUUUAUUUUCGUUUUAUUUUGUUUUGCAACCUCUUCUGUCAGUGUAUUUUGCAACAGGGAUAAGUAAUCUUUUUUUUUUUUUUUUUUU